AUGUCCCUCUUCAAAUCCUUCAAUGCCACUUCGAAAGGCUCCGGGGACAUCUCCUCUUCCACCUCGCUCAAGUCGUCCGUCCAAAGAUCAAUUCGCGCCAAGCUGCUAGCGCAAUACCCGACAACGCUCGGCGCUGAUGGUGGUGUGCUGCUCGAGGCAAUCUGGCCAAAGAAGGAGGAUGUCACCCUGGUGAAAUUUGCAAGGGAGCAUGUGCAGUUCAUCGUCAGACAGGGUAGACCCAUCUUCUGGCAGCAUUUCGAGGGCAGCUUUUUCCCGACUUUGAGGCUUGUGCAUCAAUACCCCAAUCUCCUUCCCACUAUUCGAGUCGACCGAGGUGCGAUCCGCUUCCUCCUCUCCGGAGCAAAUAUCAUGGCUCCCGGCCUUGUCUCGGCGGGUGGCAGGCUACCAGACAGCUCUGAAGCCCUCCCCAAAGACGCGCCGGUAGUUGUCCUGGCGCAGGGCAAGGAGCAUGCUUUGGCGAUAGGGAGGCUCAAGCUGGGUACGGAGGAGAUCAAGGCGCAGGGAAAGGGAGUGGUCGUGGACAAUUUGCAUAGCUUGGGGGACGAUCUGUGGAUGGCAGAGGCCAGGGGGGCUUUCGGUGCCUAG